AAAAUGUAUGAUAGUUCUCUCUUUGGCCUCUUGCAAAUGCUAUACGAGACACUAAAGAAAGAGGCGAAAUUCCUGUCAAAUGUAAGCAAUCAAAUUCAAGACAUUCGCGCUGAAAUAAAUCGAAUACAAUGCUUCUUACAAGAUGCAGAUGCUAAAAAACCUGAGUAUGAGACAGUUCGUAACUGGAUUGCAGAUAUCAGAGAAGUUGCUUACGAUGUAGAAAAUAUCCUCGAGAAGUAUAUGCAUAAAGUUGCAUUGAGGAAGGAUCGAUCGUUGUGGAAGGAGAAUAUAAGUUUACAUAACAUAGGCAUGGAGACAAAAGAUGUUAUGUCCAGAAUUGAUAACAUAAAAAGAUGUAUGAAAACUUAUGUUGAUACAGGCAUAAGAGCUAUAUGUCUAGGGGAUACCUCGUCGGAGAGAAGUCAAUGGUUAACGAGAUCUUACUCUCAUCUUGUUGACGAAGACUUUGUUGGAUUAGUAGAAGAGGUGAAUAAGUUGGUUGAUGAGUUGAUCAAUGAUGAAAAUGAUGAGUUUUAUGUAGUUUUCGCGAUAUGUGGAAUGGGAGGUCUUGGUAAAACAACACUUGCUCGGAAGGCUUAUCGUCAUGGUGAUGUACAAAGUCAUUUCCAGGCUUUCGCGUGGGCUAGUAUCUCGAGACAAUGGCAAGCAAGAGAUGUGCUGCUGAGCAUCCUCAUGAAACUUGAACCUGAAAAUAGAACAAGGAUUAAUAUGAUGAUGGAUGAUGAGCUUGUUAAGGCACUUUACAAUGUUCAGCAGAGGAAAAGAUGCUUGAUUGUGUUGGAUGAUAUUUGGUCCAUAAAUUUUUGGAAUAGCGUAAAACAUGCUUUUCCGAAGGGGAAGGGGAGUCGAAGCAAGAUUUUGCUCACAACGCGCAAGAAGGACGUGUGUACACACAUAGAUCCAACUUGUUUCCUGUUUGAACCACGAUGUUUGGAUGCUGAGGAGAGUUGGAAGUUACUUCAUAAGAAAGCAUUCCCCAGAGUAAACACUCCAGAUUUAAAGAUUGAUUCGGAGUUGGAGAGGCUUGGAAAGGAAAUGGUCAGUAAAUGCGGGGGCUUGCCUUUAGCCAUUAUUGUUCUUGCUGGACUUUUGGCUAGAAGACCUAAAAUCGAUGAGUGGAGAAGGACGUGCCAAAACCUUAACUUACACAUGAGUGGUGAAAGUUUUGAACAAGAUGGAGGAAUUCAUGGUGUCCUUGCUCUGAGUUACUACGACUUACCUUAUCUGCUGAAGCCGUGUUUUUUGUACUUGGGUAACUUUCCUGAGGAUCAAAAGAUUUCUGCGCGGAGGUUGUAUCAGCUAUGGGCUGCUGAAGGUAUCAUAUCAUUGGAAGGUAACCGAGGAGAGGAGACAGCAAUGAUGGAGAUAGGUGAACGUUAUCUGCACGAGUUAGCUCAAAGGUACAUGGUUCAGGUUCAACUAGAGGAAACAACUGGAAGGAUCAAAUCUUGUCGAUUUCAUGAUCUCAUGAGAGAUACAUGUUUGUCGAAAGCAAAGGAGGAAAACUUUCUCAAGACAGUUUCUCCUCAGCAUUUGCAUCAAUCAAUGCACUGCUCUACUUCAGCUACAGCAACAUCAACACGUACUGUACGUAGACUGUCUAUCACAGUAGACAAUGACGUUCAGAACUAUUUCUCUACUGAUGAUAAGUCAUUUCAGCAUGUUAGAUCAGCUUUAUUCUUUCCCAUACAGACAGGACGCGAAGGCACAGAAUAUCCCCUGCCUUUAUUCCAAGGUCUGUGCAAUAACUUCUCAAUGUUGAGAGUUUUGCAUCUUGAGAAGUUUACUUUUGUGGAAAUUUUACCAAAAGCAAUUGGUAAUUUGGUGUACUUGAGAUACCUGAGCUUAAGACAUUCACACUUUCAAAAACUUUCGUCGUCUGUAGGUAAUCUUAAGUACCUACAGACACUUGAUUUGAGGGUGAAUUUCUUCUCGUACUUAACUUUACCGAAUACCAUACAGAAGUUGCAAAACUUGAGGAAUUUAUAUCUUCCUCCUUCACAUCAACACACGUAUAAGUUAGACCUGAGUCCGUUACACCACUUGGAAAUACUGAAGAACUUCGAUACACAAGUUUCUCCUUUUCGAGAUCUUUUCAAGUUAACAAAACUUCAGAAACUAUCAGCUGUUCUCUCAUUGGAGUCGUACGAGAUGGAAGAGAUGAUCAAACACCUCAACCUCAGAUCAGGUUGUCACCAUCUCCGGAAGCUAGAUUUAAUCGGACACAUCACUCAGCUACCAGAACACCACUCAUUUUCACAAAGCCUCACAAAGUUAACCUUGAGAAAGAGUGGACUUGAAGAAGACCCUAUGGUCAUUCUUCAAAAGCUGCCUAAGCUAUUCACCUUGUCAUUACGUGGAAACGCGUUUAUUGGAAAGGAAAUGUGUUGUUCUCCACAAGGAUUUCCACAACUCAAAACUCUUAAACUCCAGGGGCUACUAAAUUUAGAAAGCUGGAGAGUGGAGACAGGGGCACUGCCAAAUCUAGUUCAUCUAGAAAUCGACGAAUGCAAGAAAUUGGAGAUGGUUCCUGAAGGAUUGAUAUAUCUAACUAAAAUACAGGAGGUAAUGAUUAUAAACAUGCCAGACAACUUCCAAAACAGGCUGCAAGAGGUUCAAAGGGAAGAAUAUUACAAAGUUCAGUUCAGGAAAAAUUUUGACACAAAGAAGAUUUCAAAGAUCAAAUUCAAAAUGCGAAUAUCAGGACCGAUGUUUGGCGGAUUAUUGCAGACCAUUUAUCCAUCAACAGUACCAAAGGAAUGGAAGAUGUUAUAAGGAUUCACGGGGAAGAUAUUAUCGAUAAGGU